CGCUGGCAUUUGAACAAAUACUGGAUAUUGUUAUCUUUAGCUUGCAAGCAUGCUGUACGUAGUGUGGGCAGUGGCUCUGGUGGCGUCCCUGGUGCUGUACUGCCGCCAGGUGUACUCCCGGUUCAGCCGCCACGGCGUCAGGCACCGCCGGCCGGUCCCCCUGCUGGGCAACAUGACCAGGCUGAUGCUGCGGCUGGACCACUUCACCGAGGACGUGGAUAAAUCGUAUGCAGCAUUUCCGGGAGAAAGGUUUGUAGGUAACUAUGAGUUCGUGAAGCCGACGAUCAUCCUGAGAGACCUGGAGCUCAUCAAGCGCGUCGGCGUCAAGGACUUCGACCACUUCCUCGACCACCGCGGCUUCACCGACGAGUCCAUCGAGCCGCUCUUCGCCAGGAAUCUGUUCUCCUUGAGAGGUGAUGAGUGGAAGGACAUGCGGUCGACGCUGAGCCCCGCCUUCACCAGCUCCAAAAUCCGGCUGAUGGUGCCCUUCAUGCAGGAGGCGGGCAAUCAGAUGAUGGAGGCCCUGAAGAAGGACAUAGAACAGUCGAAGACUGGUUACAUAGACGUGGACUUCAAGGACCUGGCGUCGCGGUUCGCGAACGACGUGAUCGCGUCGUGCGCGUUCGGGCUGCAGGUGGACUCGCACCGCGACCGCGACAACCGCUUCUACGAGAUGGGCCGCGUCGCCUCCACCUUCAAGUUCAAGCAGCUGCUCAUGCUCUUCCUGAACUCCGCUUUCCCCACGCUCUUCAAGAGUCUGCGGCUGAAGUUCUUCAGCGAGGAGACGAAGAACUUCUUCCUAGAUCUGGUGCUGGGCACCAUGCGCGAGCGCGCGGCACGGGACGUCGUGCGACACGACAUGAUACACCUGCUCAUGCAGGCUAAGAAAGGCAAGCUGACCCACGACGAGUCGACGAGGGACGCCGACGCCGGGUUCGCAACUGUCGAGGAGUCGGACGCUCUCAAGAAGACUGUUGACAGAGAGUGGUCGGACGUGGACCUGGUGGCGCAGGCGGUGCUGUUCUUCAUCGGGGGAUUCGAGAGCGUCUCCAUCGCGAUGUCGUUCGCGCUGCACGAGAUCGCGCUCAGGCCGUACGUGCAGGAGCGUCUGUAUCGCGAGAUAAGCGAGACAGACGAGCAGAAUAAGGGCCGGAUCGACUACACCAGCAUACAGCGCAUGCAGUACUUGGAUAUGGUUGUCUCAGAAGUUCUGCGUCUGUGGCCAGUGGGAGUGAUCAUGGAUCGGGUCUGCACCCGCGAGUACAAUCUCGGGAAAGCCAACGACGACGCCACGGACUAUAUUAUGCGGAAGGGCGACGUGCUGACCGUCCCGGUGUGGUCCAUCCACCGCGAUCCGCAGUACUUCUCUGACCCCCUGAAGUUUGACCCCGAGCGGUUCUCCGACGACAACAAGCACAGCAUACACCCCAUGGCGUAUAUGCCCUUCGGAGUGGGACCAAGAAACUGUAUAGGAUCUCGCUUCGCGCUAUGCGAAUUGAAAGUCCUGCUCUACAUGAUAAUACUGAACAUGGAGGUGUCUCCGAACGACAAGACCGCCACCACCAACAAGAUGAGCACCGACUCCUUCAACAUUCGCUUUAAAGACGGACACUGGCUAAGGUUAAAACCACGACAUUAAAGUUUAGGUUUU